AUGACUAUCUCUACUGAAAGAGAGCCUGAAACAGGCCCAACCGAGUAUACUUCACUUCUACCAAAGCCUGUGGACGAAGAUGUUUCGAAUCACACUGGCGAAACCAACAACAACAGUAACGAAGACAGCAACAAAAGUCUUAUGCUUGCCGAAUUUUGGCUCCUUCUGAAAAGAUGUAUUCCAGUGAUUCUUGCUUAUACGCUGCAAAACAGCCUCCAGACGAUUUCGGUCCUUAUUGUCGGACGCUCCUCCCCAGAAAAUCUGGCGGCGGCUGCUUUUGCGUUUAUGUUCGCAACUUGCAGUGCAUGGCUGAUUGCACUGGGAGGUACUACCGCGCUUGAUACUUUGGCAUCGUCGUCAUUUACUGGAAGCUCGAACAAACAUGACCUUGGGAUACUACUACAACGUGGGUUCAUUGUUCUCGGGCUGUUUUAUGUCCCAGUCGCCAUCCUUUGGGCUUUCACAGAGCAAGUUUUUCUCUUCCUAGGACAGGACCCGGAUUUGUCAAGGGACAGCUCCAGAUUUCUUAUGUGUUUGAUCCCUGGUGGUCUAGGAUAUAUCUAUUUUGAAUCCAUGAAGAAGUAUCUCCAAGCUCAAGGAAUCAUGCGUCCCGGAACAUAUGUCCUCCUCAUCACUUCGCCGUUCAAUGCCUUCCUCAAUUAUCUGUUUUGCUACAAAUUCGAAAUUGGCCUACUCGGUGCACCAAUUGCUACCGGUAUUUCAUAUUGGUUAUCUUUCCUCUUACUGGUGCUCUACGCUCGGUUCAUUGCGGGUUCAGAAUAUUGGGGCGGUUGGUCCUGGAAAGCAUUUGAGAAUAUUGGUACUUUUGCACGCUUAGCAUUCCUAGGCGUCAUCCAUGUGGGCACGGAAUGGCUAGCCUUUGAGAUUGUCGCCCUCGCUGCAGGCCGACUGGGAACAAUCCCCCUCGCAGCACAGAGUGUCAUCAUGACUGCAGACCAGAUUUUGAACACAAUUCCAUUCGGUGUCGGAGUUGCAGCUUCGUCCCGCGUUGGUAAUCUACUUGGUGCUAGAGACGCCCGGGGUGCAGCACGUGCAGCCAACAUGGCUGCUUGGCUUAGUAUAUUCCUAGGUGUGACUGUAUUGGCUGCUCUUAUGGCUGCACGGAAUAAUUUUGCCCGAAUUUUCAACGAUGACGAGCGGGUCGUCCGUCUGACGGCUGAGGUGCUGCCGUACGUCGCCUUGUUCCAGAUUGCCGAUGGGCUGAAUGGUAGCUGCGGUGGAAGUCUUCGCGGAAUGGGCCGGCAGCAUAUCGGUGCAGCCGUCAAUCUGGUUAGCUACUAUUGUGGCGCGCUGCCAUUGGGGGUGUGGUUGGCCUUUCAUGGAUGGGGUUUAGGUGGGUUAUGGGCGGGACAGUGCAUUGCGCUGUACCUGGUUGGUGCUUUGGAAUGGCUCAUUGUUAUCAUGAGCGACUGGAAGAAAGAAGUUGAAAAGGCUUUUUCGCGUAUGGAAGUUCAUGAAAGGCUGGAGGCGGGGGGGCUAUAG